AUGGAUACUGAAUGUCGUACUGUAACGAGUUUUGUACUCGAACAAAAAAAGAAAUAUCCUGGUGCAACAGGUGAAUUAACGAUUCUACUUAAUGCAUUACUAACAGCUAUAAAAGCUUGUGCAGCAGCUGUACGAAAAGCAGGCAUUGCUAAAUUAUAUGGCUUAGCAGGUUCAUCGAAUACGACAGGAGACGAUCAAAAGAAAUUAGAUGUUCUUGCGAAUGAAUUAUUUAUCAAUAUGCUUAAAUCAUCCUAUACAGUUUACGUCAUGGCAUCGGAAGAGAAUGAAAAUAUGAUUGAAGUUGAAAUAUCAAGACAGGGCAAAUAUAUUAUUUGUUUUGAUCCGUUGGAUGGUUCAUCAAAUAUUGAUUGUCUUGUAACCAUUGGUUCAAUAUUUGGUAUAUGGAAAAAGCCAGACCAUGCUACUAAUCCAAUGGAUUGUAUAUUACAAAGCGGUGAGCAUUUACGAUGUGCUGGCUAUGCUGUUUAUGGUUCAGCUUGUAUGCUUGUCUUGGCAACACGAGAAGGUGUCAACGGAUUUACUCUUGAUCCUUCGAUUGGAGAAUUUAUUUUAACGGCACCAAACAUGCAAAUACCUAAGCAAGGUGAAAAAGGUUCACAGAAAAUUUAUAGUAUCAAUGAAGGUUAUGCUAAAUAUUGGGAUAAGGCAACCACGGAAUAUGUUCGAUCGAAAAAGUUUCCUGAGGGUAAAGAAAAACCGUUUGCUAAUCGUUACGUUGGUUCGAUGGUAGCCGAUGUGCAUCGAACACUUCUUUACGGUGGCAUAUUUUUAUAUCCGGGAUCGAAAGAAGCGAAAGAUGGCAAAAUCCGUUUAUUAUAUGAAAGCAUUCCAAUGGCAUAUAUUGUCGAAAAAGCAGGUGGCGCAUCGUCUGAUGGUCAGCAUUCCAUUCUUACAAUUCAGCCAAAAUGCAUUCAUCAACGUUCACCAGUUUUUCUUGGUCAACAAGAAGAAAUUGAAAAGAUCGAGCAAUUUUAUCAGCAAUAUCCUCCUGGUACAUGGGCUCAUGAAUGA